AUGGAGUAUUUGAGCAGAUUACUUAAAGAAUUGGAGGACAACAAGCAAUACAAGUAUCAUCCAAAAUAUGCCAAGAUUAAACUAACCCAUCUUUCUUUUGCAAAUGACCUGUUGCUAUUUGCCAAAGGUGACAAACUUUCUAUCCAGCUAUUAUAUGACAAGUUUCUGGUGUUCUCUCAAGCCUCUGGACUAAAAGCUAAUAUGGCCAAAAGUAGUGUCUAUUUUGGUGGUGUGGCCAGAAAUGAGCAAGAAAACAUCAUACAACUAGGUAGGGUGCAACUAGUCAAGACUGUGAUCUUUGGGUUACCAUCAUAUUGGGCACAACUAUUUUUGUUACCUGCCAAAGUGUUAAAGACCAUAGAGGACUACUGUACAAGUUAUAUAUGGUCUGGCACCACUGAAAUUACCGAAAGGACACUGGUGGCUUGGAGCACAAUGUGUCUGCCAAAAGCAGCAGGGGGAUUACACAUUUUUGACUUGAAGAGUUGGAACAAAGCUGCAGUUGCUAAAGUAUGUUAUGACUUAGCACAUAAGGAGGAUAAAUUGCGGAUAUGGUGGAUCCAUGCAUAUUAUGUGAAGGAUGACAGCAAGCCAGUUGGAUGGUAA